AUGGGGAUAUCAAACCCCAGAAUGUUUCUUGUGUUUGAUCGAGAUGGAGAGAGCGGUAAAUACCUGGUCAAAGUCGCGGAUUUUGGGUAUUCAGGCGUUUUGCGGAAGCCGACGGCGAAGAUUGUCAUACGCGGAACGGAGGCAUGGGCGGCGCCGGAGUAUGCGCAAGCCAUGACGGUGGAUUUUGAAACAGCUCGCCGGAUGGAUGUCUUCUCGCUUGGAUAGACAAGCUUGGUCCUUGUCGCCCUGGACCAUGUCAAAGAGUCUCAAGGAAUGGACGAGGAAUUGCAAAGGAAUCUAGCUUCUUUUUUUGAGCAGAGUCUCCAGUUUGAUCCUGCUGAGAGGACUGAGGACUGUGGACUGUCGGACUCUUCGUGGAUUGAUCACCCAAAAAGGGCUUGUACCGUUGGAGGUAUUUUGAAACAGUAUGCUAACAAUCCGUUAGGACCCACGACGUUCCGAUCCCGCCAGCGGAAAUUCACCUCCUGGAAAUCAAUGAACCUACUUUUAAGAUCAUUGCCACAAUUGCCCCUGGCCGAUUACAAGAUCCCCCAACACAUCACCAAGUGCCUCAAAGACGUUAUUGAGUCGACAGACUGGACCCACCGAGCAGAGAGUACUCUUACUUCUUACGCCGUCGAGCUGGCAUUAUGUUACAAAAUCGGGUUCGUCACAGACAGAGACGAGGCAGCACUAGAGAAUCUGGCAAGCCGAGCACGAGUGGCAGAUAAAGUACUGGAAGACGCGCUUGCGGAAAUCAAAGCAUCUUCGGACGGACCGCAUUUCGACAAUCGUGUCUAUCGAGGCAUGAUCGAGAAUGGGCUGGACUUCCGCGUGGCUCACGAUGAGAAUUACCUGUUGGAAGGCGUUCUGGACGGUGCCAUUGAGCAUUAUCGCAAGGACGUGGUGAAUAUGACGGCCGUGUUCGGGCCGGCACACCUCCUUACAUUGAUUGUGUCAGUAGCACUGUGCUAUGCAUUGAGAACAGCAGGACAGUGGGAGAAAGCCAUCUCACACAGAAUCGAGCUGACCUCGUUCAUCGGCAAGAUUAAAGGCGAGCGUGACCGAGACACCUUGGCGAGCAAGUCGCAACUUGCCGCCAUAUACCUCGACCUUGACAAACUGGAUCAGGCCGAGAAUCUCCUUCUGCAGGUGAGGGAAGCUCUGAUGGCUUUGGCGUCAGGCGAAGAUACUGAGGUACAAGAAAAUUCACAAGCAUUGGCAGAGGUAUUUCGCCGAAAAGGUAAAUGGCAAGAAGCUCAAGACCUCCUUUUGCCUGCACUGGAACUGCGAGAGCGCUCACUAGGACCAAAUCACCCGGAUACCUUGUGUUGGACUCUGUAUGGGCCCAUUUUUGAAUGA